UUGAGAUUGUUUCGGACAGACAGAGUCAUUUUGAGCUUAAAACACAGAACGGUCAAGGCUUUAAAUAAAAGCCGAAUCAUUUUAUAACGCAGUUUUCUCUCUCUCCUCUCUCUCUCUCUCUCUCAUUUGUUCCGAUCGAAUCUCGCGCUCUUUACGUUACGAGCAGCUUAUCGCUCGGGAAAGAUGUCGCGCAGCUGCUCGCAGUGUGGAAACAACGGCCACAACUCUCGCACGUGUCCAACGGAAAUAUCCGCCGCCGCCGGCGACGACGGAGGAGGAGAGAAAGGCAUCAUGCUUUUCGGCGUCCGCGUCACAGAAGCUUCGUCGUCUUCUUCUUUCAGGAAAAGCGUCAGUAUGAACAAUCUAUCUCAGUUCGAUCACGCCGCCCAUGAUUCAAACCCCGUCGAUGACGGUGGUUACGCCUCGGACGACGUCGUUCACGCCUCCGGCAGAAAUCGCGAGCGCAAGCGAGGGACUCCAUGGACAGAGGAUGAGCAUAGACUGUUCCUCACGGGGCUGCAUAAAGUGGGGAAAGGAGAUUGGAGAGGAAUCUCUAGAAACUUCGUCAAAACUCGUACACCGACUCAGGUCGCGAGUCAUGCUCAGAAGUAUUUCCUCCGCCGUACAAACCAGAAUCGCCGCCGUCGUAGAUCCAGCCUCUUCGACAUCACUCCCGAUUCGUUCAUCGGAACUUCAGCAGAAGAGAAGAAUCUAACGCAGACGCCAUUAGAGGGGAUGACUCUAGGAUCCAGAAACGCGUCUCCGAAACUAAUCCCUCCGAUACCGAUUCCGAUUCCUCCGUCGAGGAAAAUGGCUGAUCUGAAUCUCAGCCGCAAGACUUCUGCGGCGACGGAUAUGUUUCCGUUGUCGCUGAAUCUACCGAUGCAGUCUUCGUCGUCGUCUUCAUCUUCCAACGAACAGAAGACACGUGGCUCGCGUUCAUUGGCAUUCGAAACGAUGUCGAAUAAUGGGGAUAGUAUAAUGGGAGUCGCUUGAUGAAGAAGAAAAUGCUUUCUUUUUUAUAAAAAAGAAAUUGUUUGAUUAUUAUUAUAAGAUAAGAUCUGAUGAUUUAAUGUGAAAUUGGAGAAGAUUACUUUAGGCUAAUUAGAUACGUUGAUCAGACUCCGCUAAGUUUUAAGUGUGUGUACAGGUUUUUGUUUUUGCCCUUUUGGGGAAGGGAGAAGGAAACGACUUGUCGUUUUUGUUGUUGUACGAUGAUGCGGUAAAACAACAGGUAGUCUCUGUGUUGUUUUGGUCAAGACUUUUUGUCUUUUCACCGAAUUGUAGUUUGUGUAGAACUACUUCAAAGAAACUGCGUGUUGGUUUCUGAUUCUUAAAAUAAGUUCUAUGAAAUUUCAAUAUUGUUCCUUGAAAAGCUUAUACAUUUUGGUUUAUUGGCUUAAAAUAAAGUGCAUCUGAUAUGCAUUUUUCUAU